ACGACCUUCACGACGCUCACGACCAACGACCAACGACUAACUCGACACCAAAAGCACAAUGGCCGACUCUGGAAAUCUCAUUGAUUUCGAUAUCAUCGAAGGCCAAAAAGAAAAUAUUCAGUCCCUGCCUGGCGGACGAUCGGCGCGAACACUCGCAACCUUGUUUUCUCCCGGCGCUGGCCCUCUACAUAAACUGGCAACACCAACUCCUUCAGACACGAAAGAUCUCAAUGAUGCGGUGAGAGAGGAAUAUGAGUUGGAGUUGGAUAACAUCUCCGAAUCAGACGAUCCAUUAGAUAUCUACGACCGCUACGUGCGAUGGACCUUGGACGCCUAUCCCUCAGCACAAGCUACACCAGCAUCACAAUUGCUCCCGCUUCUCGAGCGCGCGACCAAAACAUUUCUUAAUUCAGCACAGUACAAAAAUGACCCACGAUAUCUUAAACUGUGGAUUUCCUAUAUUCGAUUCUUUUCAGAUACCCCGCGUGAAACAUUCGCUUUUUUGUCGCGUCAUAACAUUGGGGAUGGAUUGGCGUUAUUUUAUGAGGAAUUUGCAGCGUGGUUAGAGGGCGCUGGACGCUGGACACAGGCAGAAGAAGUAUACAAGUUGGGAAUUGAGAGGGAAGCGCGGCCAGCUGCAAGGCUUCUUCGAAAGUUCAACGAGUUUCAGCAGAGAUUUGCUGCAAGACCAGAGGACACAAAUGAGCCAUCUUCACCCGCUCUGCCCACGGUUCGACCUGCACUUGGAGUAAAAGUAGACCCAUUCGCUGCUGCUGCACCUCGGGAUCCACAAGCACCACAACCUAAUAACGGAGUGGGAGGCUCAGGCACGAAAAAGAGUGGACGACAAAAGCUUGCAAUUUUCUCAGACGCAGACGAUGCUGCACCGGCAGUUGCAGGUACAGACAUUCGAGGUUGGGAUAGCAUUGGAUCUUUGGCAGAUCGCAAAAAGGAAAAUACAAUGUCACCAAGACCCAUGGCUGGGGAAACUUUAAAGGCUGGCGGAAAGAAGAGCAGCACGAAAAUGGCAAUAUUCAAGGAUGAGGUUAGUUGAUUUACAUUCUCCUCUCCUCUUUAUGCAUAUAUUGAUUAUCGCAGGACUAACGAUUGUCGUUUUGGUGUUUUGUAAUUCAGUCUUUACCACAUUACGAAUAUUCUCAAGUAACCAACCCUGCACAACAACAAGUGACCGUGAAUCAGAAAGGAAGAACAGAGCGUAUUGCUGUGAACCUGGAAGCCAUGUACCCCACACCUGACAUUUUAGGCUCCGAGUUAUGUCUCGAGGAACUAAGAGCUGCCAGUCGAGGAUGGCUAGGUAAAGUUUGGCCCUCUGAGAAGCCUCCUAAAGCUUCAAAGAAAAUGAUGAUUUACGAUGACCAAAAUGAUGUAAUUGAACCUAUUGUUCAGAGAGUUGAAAAACUUGUUAUUGCCCGGGAUGCAGUAAUCGUGGAUGAGAACGGGGUUGUCCAACAAAUUACGAGGGAAGGGAAAGGUAGAAGAAUGAAGAUUAAGGAAGUCAACGAAACACAAAUUAGUAAGUGUGCAUGUUAUGGUGACUUGCAAAUUGCUAACCUUUUGAAGUCAAAGCAAAACUGGAAUCACCUUCUGGAAAGAAGAUGACGAAAAGAAAGGGUUCCAAAGAACAAACAAUGACACUUCAUACACGAGCGGCCACAGAUGAGAUAUACGACCUUUUCAAUCAACCCCUACCCACGCAAGAAGAGGAGGAGGAAGACGAAGUCAGCGAUGAUGAUGACGACGAUGAUGGCAAUACCACAGAUGGAGAUUAUACCAGUGGUGCUGAAAGUACGAGGACUAGUCAAAUGCCUACCACAAGCGAGGCAGGGGAUGAUUUUGACGAGACUUCGGACGUUAAAAGUGUAAGCGAAUGGUCCGAGUUCACAGAGAGGAAACAUGUACCCAAGACGGACGACGAUGGGAAUGAUGAUACACAAGGGUCUCGGUUCUCUGCAGUCGACGAUACAUUUGAGGCUAUCGAAGUAGGGCUCCCACGACACAAUGAAGAAGAAGACGAGGAAGUAGUCACUCCAAUAUCGCCGGAGAUGCCAUCGAACGCAAGGAAGAUGUUUGUCCCGAUACCACCCGAGGAUUAUGAGCCCGCUACCGGACCCUAUAGAGACCCCUCACAAAUAUCUCAGAAUCGACUUCCAUUUAUGACCCCAAUAGUUGAGAAAACGGAAUCAUCUCUAGGUCUGCCGACUGCAAGAGGACAGAAGGAUUAUUUCAACGCCAAAACGCCAAGCAAAGAAAGAGGUUCAGCUAGGCCUCCGGCAGUCGAGCUGGGGAGUAGUCCGUUUCGGGAAAUUAUUAACGAGGCUCUUCCAGUUGAGAGAAUAGCGCAGCCACUUCUUGGAAAGAAUGUCAAGAAUAACAAGUUAGCUGCCGCUACUUCAAAGGUUCAGAGUAAUGCUCCUCUAGCAAAGGAGAUUGUACAAAAGGGGCCAAUAAUCAAAGAUGCUCAGUGCAACCCAGUGGAUGAUUACACUCGCAACCAGAUAUUCGAGAAACUUCAGCCCCCAUUGUCAACAUAUGACGGAUUCUUCGAGCACAAAGACGAAGCCGGCAAUCGGAGUGCUGAGAUCAGGAAGUUUGCAAAGGCAAUGGCGAAGAUGGCUAAAAACGCAAACGAUAAAACAUCCACUAAUAUCUCUAUGCCGCCAACACUUCGUUUCCCCGGUACUACACGAGAAUACAUGGUUAAGCGAGAGCUCGGCGCCGGAGCAUUCGCCCCAGUAUAUCUUCUGGAAAACGUUGCUGCCGACGAAGAAGACUCCGAGAUAUCUUCAGCAGUUAUGGGCAAAGGUGCAUUCGACGCAUAUGCCCGAAAAGAUCUUGAGGCAUUGAAAAUGGAAGAUCCACCCACUGCAUGGGAAUUUUACAUCAUGCGGCAAGCCAAACGACGACUUGGUGUCGCCCGAGCAGCAGAGAGCAUCAUCAAUGUCCACGAGAUGCAUCUCUAUGCCGACGAAUGCUAUCUGAUUGAAGAGUUCCGCGAGCAGGGUACACUCUUAGAUCUCAUCAACCUCGCGCGUGCAGAGUCCACCGCCUCAGGAACAGGAGUAAUGGAUGAAAACCUUGUCAUGUUUUUCACUAUUGAACUAUUCCGCACCAUUGAAGCUCUCCACUCUAAAGGCAUCCUCCAUGGCGAUCUAAAAGCAGAUAACUGUCUUGUUCGCUUCGAUGCUCUUAAAGAUAGUGAAGUUUGGACCACUAAGUACCGUCGUGAUGGCACGGGAGGAUGGUCGAAGAAAGGAAUAUCACUCAUCGAUUUCGGACGUGGAAUCGAUAUGAAGGCUUUCCUCCCCACUGUUCAAUUCAUCGCAGAUUGGAAGACGGGACCCCAGGAUUGCGCGGAGAUGAGGGAGUUGAGACCUUGGACUUAUCAGAUUGACUAUCAUGGAUUAGCGGGUAUUAUUCACAGCAUGCUGUUUGGGAAAUACAUUGAUACUGUGGUCGUCGCUGAUAAAACACCCUCCAUAACCCCCCCAUCCACAUCUACCGAAGCCGGUUUCGGAGGUUUCGGUACCGCGACAGCUGGCAACAAGAAAAUCUGGAGGGUCAAGGAGAAUUUCAAACGGUAUUGGCAGACGGAGAUUUGGGGUGGGGUUUUUGAUUUGCUUCUUAAUCCUACCAUGCAUGUCGAGGGGAAGGAGGAGGGCAGUAGAUUACCUGUUCUGAGGGGUAUGAAGGAGGUUAGGGAGGGGAUGGAGGGGUGGUUGGAGGCGAAUUGUGAUAAGGGUGUUGGGUUGCAGAGUUCGAUUAGGAGGUUGGAGAUGAGUAUUGCGGGGAGGAGAAAGUGAUUCGUUUUUGGUUUGGUUGAGAUACUGGGAGGUGUUGGUCCUUGGCGUUUUAGCUUUGUGUUUGGAUUUGGAAUGAUUGGGGUUAGGGGAGGUGUUUAUUGUUUGAUUCACUUUGUGGUGUGAAGAAAUGUGUAGGUGAUGAAUUAUGAGAUGGAAUGAUAUAUGUUGUGUAUUUUUGAAAUUUUGAUUCCUCUCGAUCGGAAAUUAAGAUGUUCA